AUGUCUACCACGCCACAAGGCUCUACAUCAAAUCAAGACGAAAUAACCUUAGGUACAACAACUACAACUACAACCACAACUUCUACAGUGUCUCAACAAGAACAUACUGCUAUCAACGACGGUAGUGAUAGUCGACGUCACGAGGCAUUUGAUUUGCCUAUAUCAAAAAAAUUUAAAUCGUCCACCACAUUAAUUAAAAACGGUAGUGAUCCAACAAGCAUGUCGUCAAAUUGUAAUACAGCAAAUCUUGUUGAAGCUAUGGAACAUACCAAUGGAGAAACGAAUUGCAAUGGAAAAAGUGAGAAUAAUAAUUCACAACAUACGACGACGUCUCAACAAAUGGCCGGCGUUUUUCAACAUCAGACGUCGACAUCAUCGAUGAAAACUCCAGAAAUCGAUGAAGGUCUUUAUUCACGACAACUUUACGUCAUGGGAAGAGAAGCUAUGCAUCAAUUAGCCAGUGCUCACGUUCUUAUAUCAGGCAUGCGUGGUCUUGGUGUUGAAAUAGCAAAAAAUAUCAUAUUAGGUGGUGCUAAAUCAGUUAUUGUUCAUGAUUGUGGAAAUGUUGAAUAUGCAGAUUUAUCAUCACAAUAUUAUUUUACUGAAAACAAUAUUGGUCAAAAUCGUGCUGAAGUAUCCAACAAACAUCUAUCUGAUUUAAAUAAUUAUGUGAAUGUAACAUUUUCAUCGGCAACAGUUGAUGAUGCUUUUCUUCUAAAGCAUAAAGUCAAUGUCUACGUUCUGACAGAUGCUGAUUUGGAAGAACAAUUGAAAGUAGGCAAACAUUGCCAUGAACAUAAAAUAAAAUUUGUCAAUGCAAAUACAAAAGGUUUAUUUGGACAAAUCUUUUGUGAUUUUGGUCUUGAUUUCGAAGUAAUCGAUACAAAUGGUGAAAAUCCUUUAACACAAAUAGUGACAGAAAUAAGUCAAGAUGAAGCAGGCGUUGUUUUUAUGUCUACAGAUACGAGACAUGGUUUUGAAGAUGGUUCCUAUGUAACUUUCCAUGGUGUCAAAGGAAUGACUGAAGUUAAUGAACGAGAAUUUAAAAUCUCGGUACCAAGUCCAUAUACAUUCACUAUUGGCGAUACAAGAAAUUAUGGUGUUUAUGAAGGUGGUGGAACUGUAACUGAAGUAAAAAAGCCAGAACGAGUGAAUUUUAAACCAUUUUCUGAGUCUUUAAAAGAUCCAGAAUUGCUUGUUUGUGAUUUUGCAAAAAUGUCUAUGCCAGCUAAUCUUCAUUUAGCUUUCCAAGCGUUUGCUCGUUUUAAACAACAAUACAAUUCUUCACCAAAACCUUGGGAUGAUAGUGAUGCAGAUAAAUUCGUUGAAAUAGUUGAAAAACUAAAUACUGAAAAUCGUGAACAACCAUUAACAGAUGAAUUGAAUAAACAUUGGAUAAAAUUAUUUGCUAAAACAUGUACUGGUGAUUUAUGUCCAAUGCAAGCUGUUAUUGGUGGCAUUGCUGCGCAAGAAGCCAUGAAAGCAGUCACAGGGAAAUUUAUGCCGAUUCGACAAUUUUUCUAUUUCGAUGCGAUUGAAUGUUUACCUGAAAAUGUUUUUCUACCAUCUAAUGAAGUAACAACCGAAUCUCCAACAGUAGUUAAUUUACCGACGAAGCCUUCGCGAUAUUUAUCGCAAGAAAUUAUUUUCGGUCAAGAUUUUCAAGAAAAAUUAGGCAAAUCAAAAUAUUUUGUGGUCGGUUCAGGUGCCAUUGGUUGUGAAAUGUUGAAAAACUUUGCUAUGAUGGGCAUUGGAUGUAGUGAAGAAGGUUAUGUUUACGUAACAGAUAUGGAUUCAAUUGAAAAAUCAAAUUUGAAUCGACAAUUUCUAUUUCGUUCAUGGGAUAUAGGCAAAAUGAAAUCAACAGUUGCAGCUGAAGCAGUAAAAGCAAUGAAUUCACGUAUGAAUAUUCGUGCCUAUGUUGACGGAGUAUUACCGGAAACAGAACAUAUAUUUAAUGAUCAAUAUUUCGAAGACUUGGAUGGUUUGGUGAAUGCACUCGACAAUGUCAAAGCUCGUCAAUAUAUUGAUCGCCGCUGUGUCUACUAUCAAAAACCAUUGGUUGAUAGUGGCACGUUAGGUACAAAAGCAAGUGUACAAGUUGUUGUUCCAUUUCUUACUGAAUCCUAUUCAUCGACUAAUGAUCCACCUGAUCCAUCAGUACCUAUGUGUACUUUACGUAACUUUCCCAAUUUAAUCGAACAUACAAUUGAAUGGGCGCGUGACAAUUUCGCUGGUCUUUUUACGAUUCCUGCUCAACAAGCCGAAGAAUUUAUGCGAGGUGCAAAAGAAUUUGCCGAACGAACAUCUAAAAAUCAUUCAGAAUACGAUAAAACAGAAAUUGUCGAAAAUGUUAAACGCAUGCUUGGCAGUGGACGUCCAAACUCGCUCUCCGAUUGUAUCUGUUGGGCACGUCAUCUUUUCGAACAACAAUUUCAUAAUACAAUCGCCCAGUUACUUUUCAAUUUUCCACGUGAUCAUGUUACAAGCAAAGGUGAACGUUUCUGGAGUGGAAAUAAACGAUGUCCACAUGUUUUGAAUUUUGAUGUUAAUAAUCCGCUUCAUUUGGAUUUUGUUGUGGCUGCGUCAAAUUUACUUGCGCACAUUUACCAAAUUCCGCAAACACGUGAUCGUAAACUGAUCGCUGAACAAGUUGCAACUAUACACAUACCUGAAUUUAAACCAAAGGCUGGUAUUACAAUACAUGAAAAUGAUGAACAAAUGAGAGCCGAUAAUGAUAGACAAAAAAAUAUAACUGCAAUGCGCAAAAAUGGCCAAAGUGCAAACGAUAUAGAAAUUGAACAACUUCUCGAUCGAUUACCGUCUCCUGAAAAAAUAGUUAACAUUAAAAUUCAACCACAUGAAUUUGAGAAAGAUGAUGAUACUAAUUUUCAUAUGGAUUAUAUUACGGCUACAGCAAAUUUACGAGCUGAAAAUUAUGAAAUUCAAACAGCUGACCGAAGUAAAAUUAAACGAAUUGCAGGAAAUAUUAUUCCAGCUAUUGCAACAACAACAGCGAUGGUUACUGGUCUUGUUUGUCUUGAAGUUUAUAAAUUUAUUCAAGGCCACAAGAAGAUUGAAUCAUACCGAAAUGGAUUUGUUAAUUUGGCCUUACCAUUUUUUGGAUUUUCUGAACCAGUACCACCUAAACGUCAAAAAUAUCUUGACAAAGAAUUUAGUUUAUGGGAUCGAUUUGAAGUAAAAGGUGAUAUGAGCUUGGAAGCAUUUAUCGAAUACUUUAAACAUACACAUAAGCUGGUGCCAAACAUGGUUUCAGCAGGAAUGUCCGUUAUCUACAGUCCACAUUUUAUGCGUCAAGCAAGUAAAGCACAAGAUAUGAAACGAAAAAUUUCUGAACUUUUUGAAACGGUAACCAAAUCAAAGAUUCCUCCUCAUGUUCGUUCUCUUACAUUGGAUAUGUUGUGUGAUGACUUGGAAGGAAAUGAUGUUGAAGAUGUUCCUUAUAUCAAGUAUACAUUCAGAUGA